AUGGAGACGCUUCUUAAAAACCUCAAAGAAUAUGUUACAUGUUCAAUUUGUUUGGAUACUUACACCAAACCCAAGACCAUUGCUUGUCUUCAUACGUUCUGCUGUGAAUGCCUGGAGAGACAUGCACAAAAGAGAAAAAACCAAGAGCUUUAUCCAUGCCCCGAGUGUCAGGCACAAAUUCGCAUCCCUGAAGGAGAUUGUUUUGAUAAUCUGCCAAGCAGCUUUCUACACAACAGUCUGUUGAGUCUUCUCGCCGUUCAAAACAGUGGCGAAGGAAAUGAGAUCAGCUGUAGUACAUGCCAGAGGAAGAGCGCUGAGAUCAACUACUGCUUUGAAUGCGAGAAGUUUAUGUGCCCCGACUGUGUUAAAGCACACGAAGUGUUUCGAGAUACUUUGUUUGAGGGGCACAAAGUCACACCAGUGCGACAGUUUGAAGCGGCAGACUACGAGGCCCUGUUGAAACGGCAGUCAUUUUGCUCCGUUAAGUACCACGAGAAAGAGGUAGCAAAGUUUUCUGUGUGGGCUGUCAAAGCUGUGUUUGUCCAGUUUGCGUCGCUACAGAUCACAAAGGCCAUGAUGUUGUUCUGCUUGAAAAUGCAGCGGAUGAUGAGAAAGCAAACAUCAUCGUUCGAGCCAAGCGAGUGA